UAUAUAUCCGCUCGUCGUCCUCGUCACUUCCGAUUCAAUCCCUCGUCUUCGACCUCUCUGUGCAACUGCCUCCGGCGAUCGCCUACAGAUUCAGUCUUCUGGACGCGUUUCUCCAGAUUUGCAUAAACUUUUAGCGUCAGUGUUGGUAGGUAUGGGAAAUGCCAAUGGCAGAGAAGGAGACACUGGAAAUGGCGGUGGCGGGGGCGAGGUAUUGGGAGGCUCAAAUCACGUGGAUACGGAGCGCGUGGGGUCUUCUGAUUUGAUGGUGAGCUCUCCACCGCAUGACCACCGGCAGUCUCGAGCUCCUGUCUUGUUUUCCCCUCAGGCCCCAGCAGUUCCUUUACACAGAAACGAUGGUCCUUCUUUAACUUCAUUUCAGCAGAAUGAGUCUCAUAGGGCUGUUGAUCUCCCCCAUGAACAAGGUAUACCAACCAUAAUAACAUGGAGCCUUGGUGGUAGCAAUGUGGCUGUGGAAGGAUCUUGGGACAACUGGAGGACAAGAAAAACACUCCAAAGAUCGGGCAAGGAUCAUUCCAUUCUUUUGGUCUUGCCAUCAGGCAUAUUCCGUUACAAAUUUAUUGUGGAUGGUGAAGUGAAAUGUAUUCCAGAUCUUCCAAAUGAGACCGAUGAUUCAGGCAACGUUUACAACCUUCUUGAUGUCCAUGACUAUGUUCCCGAAAACCUGGAGAGUGUCGCAGAGUUCGAGGCUCCCCCAUCACCAGAGUCCAGCUAUAGUCAAGUAUUCCCUGGAGAUGAAGAAUUCGGCAAGGACCCAAUGUUGGUUCCCCCUCAACUGCAAUCAUCAUCAUCAUCAUCAUCAUCAUCAUUGUCGUCAACUGUUGUUCCGGGCUCAGAAGAAGCGACGUGUUGUAGUUCUUCUUCUACUACUUGUAGAAAGCCACAGCAUGUGGUGCUGAACCACAUAUUCAUGGAGAAGGGAUGGGCAUCCCAAUCUGUGGUAGCCCUCGGCCUGACUCACCGCUUCCAGUCUAAGUACGUUACCGUUGUCCUUUACAAGCCACUCAAGAGGUGACCUUUCCUUCAACCUUUACCCUUUACAUGAAUGCUCAUGCUCAUGCUUAUACUUAUGCAAGCUGCUGCUUUACUACUUUUAACUUUGGAGUGAGUUCCGAGUUUCAUGAGUUGAACAAAGGCUGGCUGGGCUGGUUGAUGCUAAAAUAAAUACAUGCUUGUACUAAUUAAUGUUUGUUCGUUGUCCUGUACAUUAUUAUUAUUAUUAUUUGUUUGGCCAAA